GCGCGUAGUUUGCACCCGCCAGUCGAGUCACCGAGAUGUACCAGCUGGAGAAGAUCUGGGUCCUGCUGUGCCUGGCCCUCGUCGGUGUCCUUGGCUUUGGCCAGUUCCACAUGAAGCACUACCAGCUGCAGCGCAACUACAAUACGCAGGAGGAUUCCGGCGAGAAUGACAAUAGUGUGCUGCGAACCUUUCGCCGCUGCAUGUGGGAGCAGUCGAAGUUUCUGCCCCGCCGCCUCGUCCUUUUGAGCCUGUGCUCGAAUCUCUUCUGCGAGAACAAUCACAUAAUGCCCCGCUCCAGGUCUAUUUUCGUAGUGGAAAAAAUGUCUAGGCCGAAUGACUGCCUGGACAUCCUGCCAGAGCAAUGCGAGCAGGGCGAUGAGGAGGAGCUGAUGUACAAGCCCUUCCCCGACUGCUGUCCGGUUUACUGCAACCUGAAGCGUCGGAUGCAGCGCCUGCGCACCAUGCACUUCCGCCACCGCCUGCUGCGCAACAAACAGGACGGCUCCGCGGGAUCCGCUGGCAGUGGAUCCGCUGGUGGCGACGGUCCCAACAACUCGCUCCUCAGCGAGUUUGUCUACAACAACUACUAGGAUGACGCACAGGAACCCAGGAUGGUUGGUUGCUCGGCAGGAUGGCCAACUAGGACGACGCGACGUGAAGGACAAUCGAGCAAAUCAAAUUAUUCUGCGAUUUGUGAACCGGUCAACUUCUUAUACUGCACAAAAGGGAAGUCGCGUCACCUCAACACUGAGCGGAAAUGGCUACAAAAUUGAGCUAUUUGGAUUGUGUUAAUUUCUAUAUGUAGGCUAUAACUUAGAAUGUAAUAUGUAUAUGCUGGUAUUUACCAAACUGAGCACAUCCAAUCACAAUGAAAUUGUUUCGAUGCCAAGCUAAUGAGCAGAAGUUUAUAUAAA